CAGGGAAGAGCCCGAAUGGCAGUGCAGGUGGCCAUUCUGCCUUCUCCCCGGUGUCUCUUUGAUGACCCCAUCCAGAUCUGUGUGGUGGGUCUCCUGCCGCAGCAGGCAGUCACGCUGCGAGCCCGCUUGCUCGACGAGAGCGGGGAGCUCUUCCAAGCCCAUGCUCGCUAUCGGGCCAGCAGCAGUGGAGAGCUGGACCUCGCUCGCUCCCCGGCGCUGGGCGGCAGCUAUUCCGGAGUGGAGCCCAUGGGGCUGCUGUGGUCUCUGCAGUCUGAACAGCUCUAUAAGCGCCUGGCAAAGAGGAAUGUCCUGACCCCGUUCUGUGUGGACUUAGAAGUGUAUGAUGGCCACGGGGACAUGAGCCAGUUACUGGGAAAAUGCACCAAUGAGCGAAGGUUUUUAGGAGAGGGAGUGAAGAGGAUUUCAGUCAGAGAAGGCCGUCUUAAAGCAACUCUCUUCCUCCCUCCUGGAUCUGGUCCGUUCCCUGGGCUUAUCGAUUUGUACGGAUCUGGAGGAGGUCUUGUUGAAUACAGAGCAAGUCUUCUGGCUAGCAGAGGUUUUGUGACACUGGCUCUGGCUUACAUGGCCUUUGAAGAUCUCCCUGCUAUGCCACAGGUUCUUGAACUGAGUUAUUUUGAGGCAGCUGUAAAUUUUUUGCAGAAGCAACAACAGGUGAAAGAUACUGGGAUUGGCGUUUUGGGCUUGUCUAAGGGAGCUGAUCUAGCCCUUUCCAUGGCCACGUUUCUACCUGGCAUCAAGGCAGCUGUCAGCGUUUCUGGAAGUGGUUUUAAUUCUUUCGUUCCUCUGCGGGGUGAUGGUUUUACUGUUCCUCCCCACCCUUAUGAUUUGGGAAGGAUAAAGUAUGAGUCUGGCCUGGCAGAUUUUAGAGAUAUUCUAGAUGAUCACAGGGACCCAGAGACUUGGAGUUGUCGCAUUCCCUUGGAGAAGUCCUUGGCUAAGUUCCUCUUCCUGUCAGGAUUGGAUGACGCAAACUGGAAAAGUGAGCUCUAUUGCCAGGAUGCUGUUCAGCGCCUUCAGCAGCAUGGACGGAAAGUGGAGUUUUACUCUUAUUCCGGAGCAGGACACCUCUUGGAGCCCCCGUACUUCCCGCUGUGUCAGGCCUCCAUGCACAAAGUGCUUGGGUUGUUUGUGCGGUGGGGAGGGCAACGGAGAGAGCACGCCAAAGCCCAGGAAGAUGCUUGGCGUAGGAUUCAGGCCUUUUUCUGGCAGCACCUGAUGGACUUGGAGCUUCCCAAGAGCAAUCUGUAGUAGAAGAGUGUCAAAAAUGCUGUCAGGAUUAGU